CUUCACUUUUGUGUGCAUGACAGAUCCCUUUUUCGGAUGGUUUAUUUUUCUAAGCGGUGCCGAAAAAUCUAGUUUCUGUUUGUGUCUUAAAGAAAGUUGACGUGUAGGUGGUUUACUCUGCACUUAAGUGAAGAGAAAAGGGGAGAGGAAGAGAGUUAACCUUAGCCGCCACCAACAAACGCCCCGAAUCAUCACUAUCACCACCAACCCGCGAAAAUGACAAGCACACCACCCCCAAAACUAACCACGACGACCUCAUCCUCAACACCAACCCUCACACCUCCAUCCUCGCACCCACAACCACGCUCCCCAUCAUCUCACACGCCCCAACACAGCCAUCACCGCGGCCGGCGCCUACGCAACUUCCUGCUCCCAGACGGCCGCGAAGUGCACAUCGCGCUCUCCCCCGAAGAAGCCGAGAUCCUGAGAGAGAAGCUAAAAGUGAUCCGUAAAGACGAAGGUUUUGAUCUAGUGAUCAACGGGAGUCCGGAGCACUUGGAUGCAUUGCGGCGCGCGCACAGCCAUCACGAGAGUCGGCGGGAGGAUCUAAGGCGACGGCAUGGCGAGGAUGUUUUUGAUGAGUUUGAGAGCGUGAGGGCCGAGUUGGAUGCGUUGGGGAGUGAGCUACAUAUGUUGACGGAUCAUGCGGUGUCGUUGGAUGCUAAUUUUUCGAAGUAUGGGUAUUCGGCUCAUUUGAGGACGUAUGAUACGGAUUCGACGCCGGGUUCGAGUGCGUCGUCGAUUCAUGACUCUGAGUCUCAUGAGAAGAAGGAUUGGGAGGCUGAGAAGAGAAAUGGGAGGAUUAUGAAACUUUAUAAGAAGCCUACUGUCCGGCAAUACUUCCACAAGGGCCUCUUAUGGAGAGCAUCAGGAAGCACAGAAGUAGCGUCCUUCGAGCUGUUCGUCGACCUUCUCUAUGUUGGUAUUCUUGCCAUCAACGGAGAUCAUGCUUCUGAAGACCCAACUGGAAAUGAACUCCUCCGGUUUUCUAUCACAUUCAUCAUGUCUUGGAAGAUCUGGAGUGAUCUGGCUCUGAUCAUUAGUUGGUUUGAGACUGAUGAUAUCUUGCAAAGACUGUCGGUCAUGUUCAUCAUGGCAUGCUUGCUUGGCUUGACGACCAACAUGCUAGAUGCAUUUAACACUACUUAUUCGAUGUUAAUAGCAUUCUACCUCGCUGCUCGCCUCUUCAUGGCUUCCUAUCUCAUAAUCCUCGCAAUCACUAUCCCAAUGAUCCGAGGCAUGAUGAUAGUCCAAGUAAUCCUAGCACUAAUCCCAUCUGCCAUCUGGGUUGGAUCGAUUUACAUCGACAUGCCAAAUCGACUAGCAGCUAUCUGGAUCGCCAUCGUCUUCGACCUGUGUGCAGCAUUAGGUGUAGUCAUCGUCAUCCGAGGAGCGAAGCUCGUCUCGAAACGCCUUGCAGCAUGGGUUGACAAGGUCUUUGAGUUCUAUCCCGCCGUCAACAUUGAGCACAAGACAGAAAGGACGAACGCAUUCGUCACAUUGGUUUUUGGCUAUUCGGUCGUUGCUAUCAUCUACCAAAACGCCGCUUCAUUCGGCCUGAACGCUUUCUUCGGAAAAGCAGCACUUGGUCUCGUCCAAGCAUUCUGCUUCAACUGGCUAUACUUCGAGCUCGAUGGCGCAGACCUCUACCAACACGCCAUCAGACGCAAUGUCGUCUCAGCCAUGAUCUGGGGAACCGCUCACCUCCCCUUCGUAAUGUCCUUCGUGCUCGGCGCCUCCGCGCUCUCCAAACUCGUCCUCGCCACCGACUGCCGCGACGCCAACAUCGACGCCCUCCUCUCAACCUACACCUCCAAAUCCGAGCCCGAGAUCCCCAUCGGCCUGCGGUGGUUCUACUGCGUGGGCCUAGGCCUCGCCCUGUUCUGCAUGGGCAUCAUCUCCAUCUCGCACAUCCACAAGGACGCCGAGGGGGUGCGCAUCUCGAAGAAACACCGCAUGCUGAAUCGGUUCGCCGUGUGCGUCAUUUUCUUCGCGCUGCCGACGGCGAAGGGAUUGAAUAGUCUGCAGUUGGUGAGUGUGACGACGGGGUUGGUGGUCUGGGUGCUGCUGUGGGAGUUGUGGGGCAUGAGUUGUCCUGAUGAGAGUUUCUUUGGGGAGAAGAAGCCGUGUCGGUAUACGGCGCGGUGUAAGAUCUCGAAGAAGGAUUUGGAGAGCGCGGUUAAGGGGGGCCAUGUGGUGAAUGUUAGUUCGUUGAGUGAUACGGGGGAGAAGGGGACUUAUAAUCAUUGGUAGGUGGGCGUUUAUAAAGGCUGGGUUAUGGUGGAGUUGGUGGACUGUGGGCGUUAGAUUGGUUGUGGGGUUUUGUGAGAUAGGGAUAAGAUUCCAAAAUGUAUAGCUACUUAUGAGUUAGGAUGUUUACUUCAUGCUAGAUAGGCAGAAGGUGGAUGGUCAGCCAAUGACAGGAUAAUAAGACACGGCUAGAUACGCUUAGUACAGAACUACUUCUUAAGAGCACCCAGGCG